AGUCUGCGUUUGCCGUACCGCUCAGUCCGAUAUGGAUGGAUUCAUCCACAGAAAGGCAAUGCAUAGCAAUGGAAAAAGCGGUCAACGGUAAAGAGAAUAUGGCUCGCAUCACCGGUUCCCGAGCUCAUCAUCGAUUCAGUGGCCCUCAAAUAAAGAAAGUACUGGACACGAAUGAAGAAGCUUGGAACGAGUGCGAGCGAAUAUCAGUGGUGUCGUCGUUCGUUUGUUCGCUAUUUCUCGGAGACAUCGCUCCGAUUGAUUACACCGAUGGAAGCGGCAUGAACCUCAUGGAUAUACAGACACAAGAAUGGAAUGAGAACUGUUUGACAGCUGUUGAUGGUGGCGAUGAAAAUCGGACGCAUUUACGGGAAAAACUUGGAUCUCUGGCCGAUCCAUCUAAACCAGUGGGUCCGGUGUCGAAGUAUAUGGUCGAGAGGUACGGCUUUAACAGCGAUUGUGCUGUUCUCCCGUUUUUAGGAGAUAAUCCCGACGACGUGGGUAUCUCACUUGGAACCAGUGAUACUGUUUUCUUUACCACUACUGAGUAUAAACCAUGUGUGGACGCACAUUUCUUCAGUCACUUUCUGGGAAAAAGAGAUGAAUUCAUGGCACUUGUCUGUUUCAAAAACGGAUCGCUAACGCGAGAACGAGUGCGUAAACGACUUGGUUAUAGAUGGGACGACUUUGGUACACUUCUCGAGCAAACUCCAGUCGGUAAUGAUGGAAAUAUAGGCAAUGAUGAUCGAGUAUUCUUAGGUCUGUACUUCGAUGAGGACGAAAUUGCUCCAAGAGUCAAGAGAGGCGACUUUAGGUAUCAAAAGGAUGGCAAUAGCUACUCUAUGGUGGAAGAAUUUGCACCAGAGACUGAAGCGCGGGCACUGCUCGAAGGUCAAUCGCUAUUGAAACUGAUGUAUGCCAAAACUAUGGGAUGCACUACCGGUAAAGGUCGCCUAUUCCUCACCGGUGGCGCAUCGGCUAAUCCCGACUUGCAAAGGAUUUUAUCCGACGUGUUCGCCAUGGACACCUACAUUUUGAACGUCCCAGAUUCAGCUGCCCUGGGCGGAGCCAUGCUUGCCAGAUAUGGUAAGAUUAUUCGAUUCAUUACCUUAUUUUGUGAAGUGUUGUUGAAAACGUGGAGGUUUCCGAAUGACUACUACAAGAGCACUUGCGUUGCCAAAGUUGCCGAGCCUAAUCCGGAGAAUUCGCAAAUUUACGAACAGAUGUUGGACGACUUUUCUGCACUCUGCCGAUCUAUCCCAAAUCAAAAUUUUCUUUGUUAC